AUGUUCAAAUGUUCCAGUACUGAUACUUCCGACUUUACGCCCAUUAGCACCUCAGCAACCACCACGGGUGCAUCUCGGCGACGAAACUCGAGUGUAGGAACAACAGCCAAUAACACCAAUAACAACAACCAGCAGCAACAGCCUGCACAAACACCACCUCGCAGAGGAGCGAGUAUCUUUAAACAAGGAGAUUCAGAACAUUGUAACAACAACAACAACAAUAGGUUUCGUUCUCCAUCCACCUUCUCACCGAAUUUGAGCACUUCCCCAACAACAGGCAGCACGAGCCCGACUUCAGGUCAUAAUGAAUCGUUUUUGUAUCAUACCAAUAGCUCUGCGAGUAAUUAUGAUCCUACCACUCGUUUCAGUAAUGCGAGCGCUUUGAGUGAUGAUAUGAAACCAGAGAUUGGUAUUCUCAUGUUGGGAAGUGGAGGUUCAGGAAAGACUUCCUUGUUCAAACAGAGAAAGUUAAUUUAUGAAGGAGGGUUUUCAGAGAAGGAAAAAAAGCAAGCCAAAGUGGUGAUAUGGUCAGAGAUUCUUCAAAUUUUGUAUAAUUUUGCGUAUGAGUUGCAUAAUGGUAGAUAUGAUUUAGAGUUUGCGUUGAGACAGACCGUGUUUGACUUUUUGCAAAUUACCAAUGAUCGAUGUCAAGGAAAUGAAUUUGCUUUGAUAUCCAUUUCAGAAGAGGUCUUUCGACAAGCUGAAAAGUGGAAGCAGUUCUUUAACGAACAAAUGCAUCGACAAAUUUUGGAAACGAAUAAUGGGUUCAGUUCUCUAUUUUUGUGUUGUUUAACUCCUUAUUUUCGCGAAUAUGAUCGAGUGACAAACAUCGAUUAUACACCGACUGAUUACGACGUGGUAUUAUUCCAGAAAAAAACUACGGGAAUUGUAGAAUCCUCAUUUGUUUACAUGAAUUCUUACGUUGUUAAAGUAGUGGACACUGGAGGUCAAAGAAACGAAAGAAAAAAGUGGGGGAAGGCGUUCCAGAAACAACCAUUAGAUUGUAUUUGGUUCCUAAUUUCAUUGAGCGAUUUUUUCAAAGUUUGUUACGAGAAUGAGGAGCUCAAUCGAUUGAACGAUUCAUUGGCCAUCUUUUCUGAAUGGUUAAGGUCUGAUGCGGUCAAAAAUGUCAAACAUUUCUGGGUUGUUUUCACGCAUCUCGAUGAGUUGGAACAGGAAUUGCCUCGCCUCAAAAUGUCCUUCCUUAAAACCAUUGUUCCAGGAGUUGAAGAUGGCAUGACCGCAAAUCAACUUUAUCAACACAUUAGCCAAAAAUUCCUUUCUAUUGAUUCAGAGAAGCGAGUGAAUCACAUUGAGUGUUUGAAUUCAACUGAUACUGAUCAGGUGAGGCAACUCUUCGAUAAAGCCAUUAACGAAAUCAUUGAAAAUAAAUAA